CGACAGUAGGUCAUUUUUCAUCCGCAUCAUCAAGGCGCUUUGGUUACUUGAUUCCAAGUUUUACAAUUUUGCAACUACGAUCAACGAGAUCCCUUGAGAGUCGAGGUCGUCGAUUCCGUGAAUCGUUGAGGGCCCAUCCGUAUUAAUACUCUUUGUUCUCCACUGUCAACAAUGGCUAAUUACCCCCACAAUCCCAGUUCACAGUUUCGGUUUUUGGUUCCACCUCAGCAAGGGCAAUUUCGUCCAAUGGGACAAGGCAUGCCUCCUGGUCAAAGUCAGCCACCACAGUUUUCUCAGCCACAUCAGCAAAUGUCUCCAUGGCCCAGGCCCAGUCAGCCUGCCAAUGCCACAUCAUCAUUUAUAGCACCACCAAUGCCUUAUAUGCAGCAUCCAAAUAUGACUUGUACAUCUUCUUCACAGAACUCUGCAACUACAAACACUCAUCUCCCUGGUUUAACUGGUCCUGGAGCACCAUUAUCUUCUUCAUUUACUUUUAUUACAUCAUCAUUUGGGCACCCACAAAAUGCAAUGAAUGCUUCUUCAAAUCAGCAAGCGAUGAACGUUCCGAAUGUAUUUCAAGAGGCAUCAUCUGAUUGGCAAGAGUUUAUUGCUGCUGAUGGAAGAAGAUAUUUUUAUAACAAGAGAACAAAAAUGUCUUCAUGGGAGAAGCCAUUGGAGUUGAUGACACCUGUGGAGAAGGCUGAUUCUUCCACUUUUUGGAAAGAGUUCACAACUGCAGAGGGUAAAAGAUAUUACUACAACAAGGAAACAAAGCAAUCUAAAUGGACAAUACCUGACGAAUUGAAGAUGGCUCGUGAGCAGGCUGAAAAAGAAGCUUCUAGAAGCUCUCAGUCUUUAAGUUCUGGAAGCUCAGUCAAUGACAGUUGUUUGACCAUUCCUGUGGUGGCAGUUAAGCCUCACUCUCCUGUUUCUCCAACAGUCAAUGAUGCUCCUAGUGUUUUAGUCAACACAAGUUCAUCUCCAAAGACAAACUUGGAGAUUACAUCCUCAAAUGAUGUUGCUAAUGCUUUAGAUGAAGCUUCAAUGCAGGAUAUCAAGGAAGCAAAAAAGGACAUAUCAGAUGUUGGGAAAGUGAAUGUAACACUAUUAGAGGAAAAAGUAAUGGAUGCUGAACCCUUGUUAUAUGCAAACAAGAAGGAAGCAAAACUUGCCUUCAGAUCUUUACUGGAAUCUGCAAAUCUUGAAGCUGAUUGGAGUUGGGAACAGGCAAUGAGAGUAAUCAUAAAUGAUAAAAGAUAUGGCGCAUUAAAAACACUUGGUGAACGUAAACAGGCAUUUAAUGAGUACCUAGUGGAAAAAAAGAAAUUGGAGGCUGAAGAGAAGCGCUUGAAGCUGAAAAAAGCAAAAGAUGAAUUCAUGCAGAUGUUGGAAGAGUCUAAGGAAUUAACAUCAUCAAUGAGAUGGAGCAAGGCUAUAGCAUUGUUUGAAGAUGAUAAACGUUAUAAGGCUAUAGAAAGACCUUCUGAACGUGAAGAUCUUUUUCAAGACUACUUAGUUGAUCUUAAGAAGAAAGAAAGAGCAAAACUUCAAGAGGAGAAACGUCAGAAUAGGUUAGAGUACAGACAUUUUCUUGAAACUUGUGGCUUUAUUAAAGUGGACACUCAGUGGCGAAAAGUUAAAGAUUGGUUAGAAGAUGAUGAAAGAUGUUCACGCCUUGAAAAAAUUGAUCGAUUAGAGAUUUUCCAGGAAUACAUCCGUGAGCUAGAGAAGGAAGAUGAUGAACAGAGGAAGUUAAAAAAAGAAGAAAUAAAGAAAAUGGAGCGCAAAAACCGUGAUGAAUUUAGCAAGAUGAUGGAAGAACAUGUGGUUUCUGGCAUGCUUACAGUCAAUACCCAAUGGGUUGACUAUUUUCAGAAGGUUAAGGAGUCUGAAGCUUAUCAUGCAGUUGCUUCAAAUACAAGUGGCGCAACAGCAAAAGAUUUAUUUGAGGAUGUUGCUGAAGAAUUGGAGAAAAAGUACCAUGAUGAUAAGACACGUGUGAAAGAUGCUUUGAAGAUAAAGAAGGUGAGUGUUGCAGCAACAUGGACAUUUAAAGAUUUCAAGGAUGCUAUUCAAGAUGACAUCAUCUCUCCACCUUUAUCAGAUAUAAAUUUACAGCUUGUAUUUGAGGACCUACUCAAGAGGGCUAAAGAGAAAGAGAAGAAAGAACAUAAAAGGCGAAGGAAUCUUGCCAAAGAUUUCACACAAUUAUUGGAUAACAUCAAGGAAAUAAAUGCAAGCUCUACAUGGGAGGACUGCAAGCAACUUUUUGAGGAAAGUAAUGUGUAUAGAUCUAUUGGAGAUGAGAAAUUUUGUCAAGUGGCUUUUGAGGAAUAUGUUGCUCGUUUAGUGGAGAAGGGAACAGACAACAAACACAAACAGGAGGACGAAAAGAUGAAAAGGGAAAAAAAAGAAAAGGGUAAAGACAGAGAGAGGAAACAUGGUCAAAGCCCCAUUGACCACAGAAAGUCAAGAAAGCAUGUUUCGCAUGAAUCCGAUGAUGAAAGCAAGCAUAAAAGACACAAGGAUGAUGGUGAACAUGUUCAUGAUCAUGAGGAGGAGCUUGAAGAUGGAGAAAUUUGCUAGAUUCUUCUUCAUCAUUUAGGUUUUUAAGCAUAUAAUAUUCCUUUUUUUUGUUAAACCAUAGAAUAUUUAAAAUUGUUAUUGGUUUAAAGUAAAACUUAGUUUUUGAAA